ACACCGCUUCCUGUAGAUGUCAUUGAUGGCAGGGAGCGAUGCCCCGGCGAUGUGCUGGUGUAACAGAGAGCAAAGUGUGUAUAAUAUGUCUGUGAAUUUUGCCCAAAAUAAUGAAGGUUGUGUUUGUUUUUGAUGAGAUUUUUGAGUAACGCCAUGUUUUGGAGCCACCUAGUGGUAUGAUCACGCACUGCAUGCGACGGGUCCUUCAGGCGCUCUCGCGGUUUCCCCCACCAGAAUUCUGCGGAGUGCUGGUGGAGGCGCAGCUCUUCAUUAUUUUUUUUACUUGGGGUCAUAUUUUUCUGGUUCAGUACUUAACAAAAUACUAUAAUAACAACUGACAUUCAUAAAUAUAAAUUAUGACGUUUUGUCGUGGUUGGGCUGGAAAAAUAUGGCCCUAUGUGUGAGAGCUGCGUCAGUUGGUGUUGCUGGCUGACCAAACAGUCAUGACGCUAACUAUAUCUGUUGUUUUUCAGCUGAGGGACCACUCGCAGGCAGUCACGUCUUGAAGAUUUGUCUUUUUUUAUCACUCUAGAGAAAGUUACACUGCGCAGUUUUCACCACCCUCUGCAGCGCCUUCCGGUCGGAGACAGAGCAGUUCCCAUACCAAACUGUGAUGCAGUUGGUGAGGAUGCUCUCAAUGGUGCAGCGGAAACAUGCUCAAUCUGGACUGGUCUUUCACUACUCCAAGAAGCGUAACGGGAAUGAAAGGAUCAUGUAUCAUCAUUCCUUGCAAGUUUUCCUACAGCAAAGCCCAACCGAGUGGCCUCCAAGUUGUCUGGUACUUGUACCAAAGUAAUGGACGCGCAGACGUAUUCAACCAAAGACAAUCAAAUAUUUUAAGCAGAUAUAAUGGGAUAACACAUUUGACUGGCUCUGUGUCAGACCGCAAUUGUAGUCUUAAAAUAGACCGGCUGGAUAUGUCUCACAAUGAGGAUAAACUCUAUCCAUGGGUUGAUAUCAACCCAAUUACCUCCUACCACUCACAGGGACAUUCAUUUUUGGAUAGAAGCACCAAAAUUAUGGUUUCAGACCAGGCACAAGAACCCCAAAUGAGCAUCAUUGAUGUUCCUAAGGUGGGAGCUCAAAGCAGGGUUACCUGUAAAGUGAAAUAUACAUGUUCUUCUGCUCCUCCUGCCCUGUCUCUGAAUGGCAUUCCUGGAACAGACCGCACCAUUGACUCCUUGUUGUCAGACGGCAUUUGGGAAAGAACAAUAGAACGAACUUGGAAUGUAGAAGAAGACCACAAGAAGGUGGAGUGCACUGUGAGAUAUCCUGGUGGACAAAGUGCCAAAAGUGAGCUCCUCCUGCAUGUUGAAUGCCCAUUUGAAACAAUCAAAAUGGUUGAACCUCCAGGAGAGCUAAUAGAAGGAGUGGCAAAGAGUGUAAUUUGUUCUGUGUCCUACAAAUGCAAGACAAAUACACCAACAAUUGAGUGGAACUUUUCAGACAUGCUGCAUUUACAAAAGCUCAAAAAAAUAUCCAGUAAUACGUAUACCACUGAGUCCAAUCUUACGUUUAUUGGUUCCCUUGAAGACAAUGGAAAACCUUUGACCUGCAUUGCACAUUUUCUGACUGGAGAAACAUCAAACUCCUCACUUCUUCAGAUAAAAAAGCAAUACUUGAGACACCAGACGCCUUGGAAGAUUUACAGUUUCAAAAUGUUGGCCAGUAAACAAUGA